CAGGGGAGGGAGGAAUGCUUUGGCCCGGAGCAAAUUUGUGACUUGGUGAGAGUGGAAAAGUGGAAAUGGCAGCCGUCCGGCUGACGCUGGCGAUGGAUGAUUGAGCCGUGGCAACAACAAAGGGAGAAGCGCAUCCAACCUCAGCAGCAUCAUACCGCGACAUCAUCAUCAGCAUCAGCAGCAUCAUCGCCAUGGAUCAUCGUCAUUGUACUAGCGGUGGAUGAUGAGGAUCAUCGCCAUUCCUCCGAGGACGACACCUCGUUGGCGGUGGUUUGCGGCCCCCCCUUCAGGGGAUUUGGGUUCCCGCUAAGGAGGGCAGCGUCGAACCAAGGGGCGUGAAAGCCUGGGUCCGACAGUCACUAACCGAACCACUGCUGAGAAAGGAACAAAACGAACCCCUAAAAGGGCAGCCGGCGCCCACCAACCACGGGACGCCAGUC